AUGGCAUUUCUCACCCUUAUCGGUGGGAUUCUGGACCUCGCUCUCACCGUUGAUAACCAGAACGAUCUCAGCGAGAAUUUAUACAAAACCACGGCUUUCGCUAUCGAUUGCUACAAAUUGGCCAACAUACUGGCCAGGAGAGAGAACAUCGGCAUUCUGAUGGACACGCUUGAAUCGGAGCCGUUAGCACCAGUGGACGACAAGGAGCUGGAAAUUCGAACGAAGUUCGACAAAUCGGCCGAGAAGAUCGUGAAGAUCUACACGACGACCCUGGAAAUGUGGACAGCGUGGACAGUGCUGGUCACGUUGCUGAUGAAUUUUGCGAGCAGGAAGUUGCUGUACCGUGUCUGGCUGCCGUUCGAAUAUAAAUCGGCAACAAUAUACUCCUUGGUCUAUCUGCACCAUGCAUUCGCAACCGUGUUCUGCAUUACAUUGGUAUCCGCAUACGACAGCCUGUUCACCGGCCUGAUGAUACACAUAUACUCCCAGUUCGAGAUACUUCGGCACCGUCUGCGAAACCUUCACAGGAACGAGAUCAAUUCGGUGAAACAUUGUGCCCGUCAUCAUGAUCAGAUCUACAAGUUCGCCAACAUGGUGAACAACGAGUUCAAAGCUGUUACCUUCGUACAGUUCUUCGAGACCACUGCUGCUUUGUGCUUCAGCCUCUAUCAGCUUACAGUGUCGGACCUUGACGGCAGUCUAGCUGACAUUGCCUUCUAUGUUUGCUGCAUACUCCUGCAGAUCCUCUACUUCUGUUGGUUCGGCAACGAGGUCAAGCUCAAGAGUCUCGAGGUGCCCAACAUGAUUUUCGAAAGCGAGUGGACAUCACUGAGCACCAAAGCGAAGAAGAUCCUUCUAAUGAUGAUGAACCGAGCUACGGUGCCAAUAGAAUUCACCAGUAUCCACAUCGUCACCGUCAACCUAGAGACUUUCAAAGCGUUGAUCAAGACAUCUUACUCGGUAUUCAAUCUGCUUCAACAAAACCAAUAA